AGAGGAGAUACAGCGUAGAGGAGAGUUACUACAUCUGUGAAGGAAUGAAGACGUCCUUGAAAAUCAUUGUUUUCUUAAUAUCAGGAAAUGUAUUUUUAUUUUCUGUGGAAGGAGCCAAACCAAGACCUGCCAACGCUGAAUGUCGCAGCACACCUGUGAAUCAGACUGCAUAUCUCGGAGGCUCUGCCACCAUCGUCUGCAAUUAUCCAAGCACCGAAGAAAACAAGAUCAAACACUUCUACAAAGAAGCUGAGAGCAACAGACCCAUAGUAAUUGAAUCUUGGCAGCCACUAACCAGAAAAGGCAGGUUUUCUCUGGAAAAUUCUAGAGAUCGAGGAGUCUACACUGUGAACAUUACCUCACUGACACGCAGCGAUGCUGGGAAAUAUGUGUGUGCUGUGAGAAAUGAUGAACACACUGCAUGUUUGACUGAGAUCCACCUGCAAGUAUUGAGUUGGGAUGACAUUAACCCAAAGAAAAUUUCUGGAGUUACUUCAAAGAAUGCGUACAUCAAUUGUUCCUAUACUGACAAGCAUGCGGGAAACGAGAAGUUCUUGUGCAAAGGGGAGAAUCCUGCAAACUGUACAAAGUUGAUACAUACAACAGAGCACGAUAGAAAUGUAGUUGAAGGCAGGUUUGACAUCAGGGAUAGCCCCCGAUCCAAGUAUUUCUAUGUGUACAUCAAAAACUUGACCAAAUCCGACUCUGGGACAUACUGGUGUGGCUUCGAAGAGACGCUGCAACAUGACAGCUACACCAAAAUACAGCUUACUGUCGCUGAAAAUACAAAAUCGGUCAGUUCAAGAGGAAAGGAUCAAGGAGUGGAAACACGUGACUCUGGCACCGAUAAGGACAAGAAACCACGCAAAAAGCCCAGGAAGCUUGCAUUAGUUUUGGUCGUCGGUAUCUUGUUAUGUAUUUCAUUGUUAACAAUAACUGUGAUCAUGCUGUGCAGACAGAGACUCACCUGCAAACGGGAUGAACGACCGGAGCAAACCACAAACCCUGGACCAAACACAGAGGGAGAAAAUGGAGAUCACAAUUAUGAAGAGAUAGUGUUUGAGAGCCAGCCUGCGCGCCCCCUGCCGUCUGUUUAUGCCACCGUCAACGCUCCCGCUGACCUGCUCCCGGAGAAGAACACUCCUCCUGAUGUCAACACAACCCAGGCCGCUGAUCCUCCAGCACCAGUGUCAAUCGUAUAUUCCACUGUCAAAAUCCCAGAGGAGCAGUGAUGUGGGCCCUCUGGAAAGAGGAGGAGGUGGUGAAAUGCCAGCUUUUAAUUUGUUGCAUGUCCUAAGUUUUGAGACACGUAGGAUAUGCAAAACAAAACUAGACUCCCUGACAUUGAUAAUUAGCUGAGCCUCAGCCACAUGAUGCUUCCAAUAACCUCCAAUGAGUGUCUGGAUUCGGGAUGAAUCCCGAUUAGUUCACUAAUUCCAACCAGUUCAGUCAGGUUUGAUGGUUUCUGAGCAUGGACAGCUCACAUCAGCUCAUCCCACAGAUCUCUAAUGAUAUUCCAGCCUGGGAACGGGGAUGAUCAUCCCAGAACAUUGUUCUUGUUCCUCUGAAUAUAGUUUGAUCAGUGUUUUGUCUCGUUGUCUUGUUGAAAUAUAAGAAGUGUUUUUCUGUAAUAAUUUUAAGCUGUUUUAACAUGUAAUGUUUAUACAAAUAUUUCCAUAAAUAAACUGUGGUUGGAUGGACUUGGAUCCUCUUCAUGUCAAAAUUGUCCAUUUUACUAAGAUAUCCUGCUGAGAAAGCACAGAAUUGUUCUUCUUAAUAAAAAGGGGCUCAUUUUUGACUGCAGUUGGAGUUUUGUAGAAACUUGUGUUGCUUCACUUUAAAAGUCAAUGCAGAGUAUGAAGAGGCCUCAGUGUCAGGCUGAGCCUCACUGGAGCCAACAG